AUGCACCAGUAUCAAGCAUAUCAAGCAUCGGACCAGGACUCAGUGAAUCAUAUGGCUGACAAGGUCUCGGUGUUCACUGGGGGAAGCAGUCAUCGAAACGAGUAUUAUGAUAUCAAUUCUCAUCACAUAUUUGAUCAAGUUAGUGGGAUAGGAACCAUUGAUAGUCAAAGAUACGGCAGUGGUGGCGGGCAAAUAUACAGUGGAGGAGGAGCAGGCGACGAGGUUUAUAUUCAGGAUUUCCAUUUAGAUUCGUUGUUGUUAUCGGAUAUUUUGAAAACUUGCCCCUCUUUCUCGUUUUUCGACGAGUUGAUCAAUAUCAAAUCGAUAGAACAGGCACAUACUUUGUUACAUUACGAUUUGAUCAAAAUAAACAAUUCGAUUCUCGAUAUUUCCAGUUAUCUCAACGAGUUGAUCUUGUUGUUGGAGAAUUUGGAUACCAUUGCCAAUAACAAUUCCCCAUUGAAUAAGUAUUAUGAUAACAUCGAGUGGAUCUUCGAGGGGAAAACCGAGAUUUCUCAGAUAUCGAAGAAUGUCGAUGGGAUUGAUCUGAUCAUUUCGCAAUUAUUGCAUAUCAUCGAGAGCAAAAUCGACGAAACCACCAACGAUGACGAAUUCUUUGACGAGAUCAAUAAUAGUGUGCUGCUGUCGUUUGACGAAUACGGAGUAGAACAAGCCCCAGGGGGCCAUAAUUGUGAAAAGAAAAAGCAAGAGUACUUACAUUUAUUGGGCAAUUUUGACGAAAUUAGUGAUUUGUCUCUCAGGGUCAAGCAAUACUUGAUCGGCUACAAGAAAAGAUUGGAUAUUGCCAUUCAAUAUCAUGAAUUGUAUUAUCAGAUCCUUGAUUCUGUCAAUGACGAAAUUGAAAAUUGUUUGAAAGAUUCUUUCCGGACCCACGAAGUGAAAUUCUCUUUGCAAGUGAAGGAAAUCAAUCAGUAUGAUAUGUUUCAACUUGGGGAGAAGAUUAAUAAGAUCGUUGAUAAUUUGCACGAAAUAGCCAGCAAGAGGAAAUCUGCGGGGAUGAGAUCAUCAUCGAUUGUCGAUCUAGCAAAUCCAGGAAUGAUGCAAAGUUUUCUGGAAACAAACGCUAGAUACCCGAUAUUUGAUGAUUCAGAACGUGAAUUAUACGCCCACUUAUCGAAAUUGAAGGCCUCCAUCGAUCCAAUCAAGGCAUCUAUCGAUUAUAUCAAACCACAAAUCCAAAACUACUCGCAGCAAGAAGAAAUCGAGGAAUUUUACCCGUCAUCAAUAGAAAACUUGAACAUAAAGUUUGAUUCCAUCGAGGAAAAAUUCGUGUUCUUAAUCAAUGAUUUGGAUGAUUUGAAAUUUGAAUUGGUGGAGAAAAAAUGGAUGGAAACUUUUGAAUAUUUCACCUUUGUCACUGACAAGCAUCUUUCUGAAACCAUAAAAGAUUUGCAAACUUUGGGGAUAUUACUGGAUGAGAAUUUCGGAAACAUUGAUAAACACGCGAUCGUGCCGAUCGAAUUGGAAAAUGAUUUGAAAGAACUUAAUCGAGAUAUCACGAUCAUUCAAAAAGCAUUUGACCAUUCGUUAAUUGAAAAUGAAUCACUAAAGAACAGUUUUAAGGAAUUAGUUCUUAGUAGAUGGAAUAACAGAAUUUACCACAAGUUGCCAAAAGAGUUCCUAAGUGAAUGGUUUGGGGUUGAAGAAAGUAGAAAUAAGAGACCUCAAUCAUUAAUGAACCUUGUGGGCAAUACCAACAACCACAGCAUCAACCACAACAAUAAUAAUAAUCAUCAUCAUCAUCAUCAUAGUAGUAGUAGUUCCGUCCAUGACCAUUCACAGCCUCGAGUUUUGAGACUCAGGUCAAAGAGAAACACCGUUAGUGGCCCACUGGUGCCAUCAUCAUCAAUCAUUCCUCAAAACCAUAACCGAACUCUGUCGGGGGUAUCACAAGAUAAGUUUGUCAAAAAGGAUUUUGCAAUAAAUAGAAGGAUGUCUAUUGGAACAGUCGUGUCUCCAAAUAGUGAAACAGAAUUCCAGGCGAGAUCAUUCAGUCUUAGUCGUAGCAAUACUAUGAAUCAACUAAGCAGUUCCAUUGCUAGUCCAUAUCUUCUCAAUAACCAAGAGGCAGUGGUAUCACCAAUAUCGGUCACGAAUCCAAUUUCUCCUCUUUUCAACAACAUUGAUGCCAUUAACGAUAAUAAACAUGAUCAAGGUCACAAUAAUAAUAAUGAUAAUAAUGAUAAUGAUAAUAAUAAUAAUGAGACAAGGACCUUUGGUUUAGGAUUCAAUUCGCUUGCCAAUAACUUGAGUGGUCAUCAUGCCGAAUCCACUCCUGAAACUGGGAAACGUCAUCUUCAAAGAAGGUCAAUUACAGGCUCGUUGUUAAUUGGGAAAAUGAACCUUCAGCCAGUUUUAGUGGAAGGAACUCCUACUUCUCCAGAGAAAAAGCAACAAAAACAAGGCUUUCACCAAGAAUCGAAGCAAGAUCUGAAGACAAGCCAUCAUCAUCAACUGAUGGUAUCCCCAAGAAUGAUGAAAAGCAAUCAAUUUAAUGGGAUUACCCCAAGAAUGGGAUUGUUAGGGGUCAAUAGAGAUUUCAAAGUCUUGAGCACCGUGGAAAGCGUUGCCGAUGAGGAUAGUAGGUAUUUUGAUGAUUCUAUUGACGAAAGUUUUGACAGCCCAUUGACUCAAAAAACUCAAAGGAUCGGGAAAAAUGGCAAAGUGGUUUUAACCAGUGAUGAUACCUCGCCAAUUAUGCAUCGUGGAUCAUAUGGUGAUGUGAAGAUUCAAUCGGAAAUUCUGAUGGAAUCCAAUCUAUCCGCUAUUGAAAAUGGAAGAUUAGAAGCGUUGCGCAGAUUGGGCAAUGGCCAACACAGUGGGGCAAAUCAAUUAGACCAUAAUAUUUUGGAUCAAUUGGAUAGUUUGACCUUGGAUGAUUUACAGCAAACUUUGAAGUCCACCGAAGAAAUCAAAUCGCCAAUUUCUGAAGCCAGUUCUAGUGCUAGUAACAACCAUAGCGGCAAUAGAAGCACGUUUACCUUUGAUCAACGAACAUCAACAAUCAGAAACUCUUUGCAUUCUCCAAGAUCGUCGAUUUCGAGAUUGCCGGUGGCCAAAGUUAAUAAUGGGAGUAGUGGGGUAUCGUCAAAAGCUUAUAGAAGAUUCAAUAUCUCGAGCCCAAACUCUAGUAGCUUUGAGAACGAUAGUAGUGCCAAUGAUAUUUCCAUAAACGAAGAUCAACCCCAACAACAAUUUGGGAAGAUUCUUUCGAGAAAUGGCUCGAUUACCAGUGCUACGUCGCUGACCAAGAAAAGCUCGUUAGUGCCAAUUCCUGCAUCACAAGUUAGUAGGAUUAGAAGUCCCGAGAGUUUGAAUUUCGAUGUACAACAUCAUCCAGAACCCGUUGGUGCUGAUUCCAGUUUGGACGAAGAAAGUAUGAAGACCAUGGAGAGAAUUAAGAAGUUGAAGAAAGGCUCGGAUAAGAGAUCUUCAUGGAUCCCUCAACCAAAGACCAGCGUGAUGUCUCGAAGCUCUUCCAGUAAAACUAUUAGCUCAUAUAAUGAAGGAUUGAUGUCUCCUUCUGACCCAUCUUCAAGUGGGAACGUUGCGGCAGCUCCAACUACCAGAAGAUCGUUAACUGGCAAGUCAAAGAAACGAAACUCUAGUGGUAGAGCGAAAAUCAUUGCUCGCAAAGAGUUUGUUUGA